AUGAGUAGUCGCUGCUGCUCUGACCGUCCUCCUCCUUUCAGGGUGACGCCUGCUGGAGUCCGAUGGUUGACACCAGGUCUGAGGAAGUAUGAUCCAUCAAUAACUGCAGCUGUGUUGUGUUUGUUCUCUCCAUCAGAUUCCUGUCAACUCACAAUCGACACAAACACAGUAAACACAAACCUCAAACUGUCUGACAACAACAGGAAGGUGACACGUGUGGAGGAGGAUCAGUCGUAUCCUGAUCAUCCAGACAGAUUUGACUGGUAUCAGCUGCUGUGUGAAACUGGUCUGACUGGUCGCUGUUACUGGGAGGUGGAAUGGAGAGGAGUGGUUUAUAUAUCAGUGAGUUACAGAAGAAUCAGAAGGGAAGGACGCAGUAGUGGCUGUGUGUUUGGAUGUAAUGAUCAGUCCUGGAGUCUGUUCUGCUCUGAUGAAGGUUACUAUGUCCUUCACAAUAACAGUCCAACAUCCAUCAGUUCCUCCUCAGUCUCUGACAGAGUUUCAGUUUAUGUGGACGUUCCUGCUGGAACUCUGUCCUUCUACAGAGUCUCCUCUGACUCUCUGAUCCACCUCCACACCUUCAACACCACAUUCACUCAACCUCUCUAUCCUGGAUUUGGGUUCUAUCCUGGUUCCUCAGUGUUUCUGUGCUGAGUUGAGUCUCCAGAGUCUCCUCCUGGUAGAGAAACAGUGUUGAACAGAUAGUUGAGUCUCUCCAUGACUCUGUCCCUCAGAAACAUCUUUUCACAUUCAUGGAUUAAAUGUGUUUCUUUGUGAAAUCCUUCUAAAUGAUUCCUUGUCAACUUGUUCCUCUUCAAAGAUGGAAGUUGUGAUUAUUCCAGGAACCAAAUGUGGUGUUUGCAUCUUUUUCCAGUCAAAUGUUGAGAGUGAAAAUCAGGAUGUGGUGUUUCCUCUGAUGCUCACUUGAACUAAAAGCAUUUGAGCUGCACAAAGUGUGAAAUGAGAGAGGAAGCAGUGAAUCUACAAACUGCUGACAGACUUUCACACAUUAUUGUCCAGUGAAAAUCAGUUUUUUUUGCAGCCAGACUUGAUCCUGAUUUGAGUGUUUCAGUCCUGUUCUAGUGAUGA